AUGUCGAUGAAACCAAAGAUUAAAGCGUUUUUUAAAGCUAAUAGACAAUAUGCUGUGUCUGGAGCAUCUAACGAUCCAAGUAAAUUCGGGUUUAAAAUUUCAAAAUGGUAUUUAGAUCAUGAGUUACCUGUAGUUCCAGUUAAUCCUAAAGCUGCGGAGAUUUUAGGUCAAGAAGUGAUCAAUUCCUUACCUUCAGUCAUUGAAUCUUUAGGUAAGAAGGAUAUUGGUCAACAUAAAUUAAAGUCCAUGAAUUCCGUCAGUAUCUCCUUCUUAACACCUCCUAGUAUUACCACCAAGACAUUGAACGAUAUUUCCAAGGUUGAUGGAUUCAAAGACCUUAUUGGAGGUUUAUGGUUCCAACCUGGAAGUUAUGAUGAAACAGUUUUACAAACAGCUGAAGAUUUAGGAUUAUUUGAUAAAGUGAUUUUCCAAGAUGAAUGUAUAUUAGUAAGAGGUGAAGAAGGUUUAUAUAGUAGUAAUUUAUAA